AUGGUUAAUGUUGCAAUUGCAGGCUCGAACGGUCUAGCGCAAUUCAUUGCGAAUUUUCUCUCUACCAAAACGUGCCACCAGUUCAUUAUACUAUCGAGGUUUCCGAAACCUACAUUGGUCUCUAAAGGCUGGCAGGUUCUCGAAGUUGAUUAUGCGAAUAACUCCAAACUUCGCUAUACGCUCACUGGAGUAGACGUAGUCAUUUCCACUAUAUCAGGACAAGCCGAGACAGCUCUUAUCACUGCUGCUGCCCAAGUCAAUGUGCGGCGGUUCAUGCCAUCCGAGUUCGAAGGGCCGCCGUCGCUUCGUUCAUUCUCCAGCCUCCCAGACCGUGGAAACAGCACCAGUAUCUCGCUUCUCCAACAGUAUGGGAUGGAAUAUACUGUUUUUACAUGUGGCGUCUUUUAUGAGCGCUUUGCGCCAGGUGGAAUGGCUGCUUUUCAAAUUGGCCAGGGUACCCGCAUUGACAGGGAAGGCGAAUACCUUAUUAACCUUCGUUCAAUGACGGCUGAAAUUCCUUAUCUCAGCGACGGCCGGAAUUCUUUUAUUUGCAUGACAUCUGCUCAAGACGUCGCGCGAGCUGUUGUCGCGGCGAUUGAUUUGCCCCGCUGGCCUACUGAAAUUAGAAUGUUCGGAGAUAGAGUGUCUUUGACCGGCCUUGUAGGUAUUGUUGAGCGCGUAUCAGGACAAGAGCUCAAGAAAUCCUUUGUUUCCGUCGAAUCUCUCAGACAGUUAUACGGACAAGCGAAGGCGUCCAAUAAUGUCAGGCAGCAGUCGCGUUUUGCCCACCUUAUGGAUGCAGGCAAUGGCUGUUAUGACUUUGAUACGUGCAACCUCACUAGCCUUGUCAAUAUUCAGCCACAACGAUUCCAGGAGUGGUUGCGGUUGGUUUGGUCCUGGUAG